CCAGGGCUUCCUGCUGCUGCUGAACAAAAAAAAAAACCAUCAGUUUUGUUUCAAAGAGGAAAGAAAAAACAAAAGACUCCAUCCAUGGUAGCUGUAGUAGGGAUCGACAUGUUACCCUGGCUGGUGCGGCAUGCACACCCAGGAGCGACAUGAAAUUUGGCUCAGUUCUGCUGCAGAUGAAUGCUGUAACUUCCCAUGGAAACUACUGGAUUGAUUCUCCACCUUUGGCUACAGCUUGAACUCCGGGAAAUGCUGGACUCUGACUCCUCUGCUUGGAACAAACAGUACCGGUUUAUGGCUCUGAUGUCCCCUCUUGUCUGCAGAGGCAGCAGAAGGCAGUUACCUUGGCUCUUCCAGCAUGAGGAGCCGGCUCCCGCGGUGCAGGGCCGGAGGUCAUCGCUCAGUGGGGUGUGCUAUCUGACCAUGGGUCUCCUCGUACUGCUCCUGGGCUUGGUCUUUGCAUCGAUGUAUGUGUACAGAUACUUCUUCAUCACCCAGCUGCCCCGUGAGAGUGUCUUUCACUGCGGUGUCCUUUACGAAGACUCGCUGUAUUCACCAUUCAAAGGGCAGCUGGAGUUGCACGAAGAUGUCAAGAUUUACAUUGAGGAGAACUACGAGCAAAUCAACGUCCCAGUGCCCCAGUUUGGAGGGAGUGACCCUGCGGAUAUCAUCCAUGAUUUCCAGCGAGGUCUGACAGCUUAUCAUGACAUAACGCUGGAUAAGUGCUACGUCAUUGAGCUGAACACCACUAUCGUGAUGCCUCCUCGCAACCUGUGGGAGCUGCUGGUUAACGUGAAGAAAGGGACGUACCUGCCUCAGACAUACAUAAUCCAGGAGGAGAUGAUCGCAACUGAGCACGUCAGUGACAUGGAGCAGCUCGGCUCCUUCAUCUACCGCCUCUGCAGCGGCAAGGAGACCUACAGGCUGAAGCGGAGGAGUGCGAGGAGACGUAUCAGUCGACGCGAGGCUGGAAACUGUCAUCGUAUUCGUCACUUCGAAAACACUUUUGUGGUUGAAACUGUUAUCUGCAAAAAGUCGUGAAGCCACUCUCCAGGUGUAACCUUCCUUGGCUUUGCUUGCACACACAUGCUCUCAGCCCUCUAUUUAGACAUGGUAAUCUGUCUUACUUUUUUUACUCCCUCCCCUGCUUGUUCAGCUCUAACCUCUUGGGCCUGUUGUGGCCUCACAGUGGAUUCUCUUCUCUCCGUGCUACCUACCUGAGACAUUUGCUGGGCUUAAAUUUAUACAGUGGUCAAAGAUAAUCUGCGAGUAGAUGCAGCUUCUUCCACACCACAGGAUGGGAAUCUCUUUUGGGAGUGGGUGUGGGGUAGAAGGGAUGGCCAACAAAUAGGUGUGCUGGAAAUAGGUGCUCUUUUCCUGGCUGAGCAAUUUCAGGCUGGUGUAUGUACAAGAGAAGGGUUACCAUUUUGAUGCUGAUGUAAUGACCAGAAAUACGUAACCAGAUGCAUUAGGAAAAGAAUAAUUGUGAAGCUACAGACUGGGCGAUUCAGAAAGCUCAGCAGAGGGAGGGUUUCUGGCCAAACCGUGCUGUGGUGGUCCCCGCUUCGAGUCAUAGAAUCAUUUAGGUUGGAAAAGAGCUCUAAGAUCAUCAACUCCAACCAUUAAAGCCUUCUGUCUGCUGUCCCCCUGAAGACCAGAUUUUCAAACAUUGAAAGCAACCACUAUGUGUUGUUUUUAUGACUGGCUUCUCACCCGCUGAGCAAUGCAGGGUAUCCUAAGGGGUGUUUGCGGGGGCAGGAGGCCGGGCAGGGGGCAAUGAGGUGGGCUGGGAAUGACACAAAUGACACAGCAUGUCCCUGCUCCCUGGCCAGAAAGCAGAAGGUGAAGUGCAAGGCUGUGUAGCCUUUUCUCUAACACACAGUUGCAUCUGCUGUGGAUCCAGAGCAGAUCUGCUGUCACUUUGCCCAAGUAAAUAAAGAGGUGAAUCUUUGAAGCAAGGUGCCAAAGCUCCACUGAUGUCCCAUCUAUAGGCCAUGGCUGCAGGUGGAGCCAGGUGGUUUACUCCAGCCCCGUGUCUGUCCUGGCCAGCUCUGCUUGCCUGGAAAGAUGAGUUAUGUUCACACGGGUCUUUCUUCCUGAGUUGUCGAGAUCCCAUCUGUGUGCAGAUGGGGUGCCGUGCCUACGUACAAAGCGGUGUCAGCAGCAGAACUGGUAGUUACUGGCAAGUGCAGAAGCAGAAUUUUUAAAUUUUUUUUUUUAACAGAGUAUGUAUUCUUGUAUAACUCCUCUGAUGAAAGCUGUUUUGAUAGUAAUUACUGUAGUCCAGCCGUGUAUCACAUUAUCUGCAGGCACCAUUGUAGCACAGAUAUUGAUACGAGGCAAGAUUCAGCUGAUCAUUAUACUGCAGAAAAAUUGUGUGAAUAAAACUGCAUUUCUAUUGAUCAUCAGACAGAAGAAUUGCAGAGUAAUUAAAUAUCCUUCCCUCUGUUCCAUAAAUAUAGUUAAAACUAAUUAGAUUCUUGAAAUGUAGGCAGUUUUUUGGCUUGAAAGAAUGGGGUGAGUUUCAACUUGGCACAUUCCUGUUAAUUGGUUUCCAGCAAAUCUGGACUUGUUCACCAUCUGUUGAAAUGAGCUUGUUGUUUUAGAAGGGGAAGGAUAAAGUAAAUGCAAGUACAAUCAUUAACUCAGCAGAACCAAAAAAAGAGAAUAUAUUUUAGAAUAAAAUUUUCAAGUAAUAAUACUGUGAGUUAGUUAUGUGAAAAUAAAACAGGAUCUCAAAAUGGUCAUGUAAUGCAGUAGGAAUUAGUAUGUCCUUUAGAGGCUGAGUAUUUUUUUGUAUAGGCAUAGUCAAUUAUAAACAUUAAGUUUUAACAGGUAGAGGAGGACACUUGGGUUUCAUUCUGCUUUAAGCUUGAUGUAAAAUGAAGAAUCAUGUGCAUUUCAUGCAGGUUGGUAAGGAAAGUUUCCCACUGCCAAAGGGGUAUUUCCUUUUCUAGCAUUGUGUUUUUUCAACGAUAACUUGCUACUAGCCCUCACCUUUCAUUGCAGAGUGGAUGGCAAGAAGGGUCAGAGAAUUGGUUUGCUUAAUGGAAGUACCACAAACUGGUAAAUUUAAGCCCUGCAUUUCUCUUCAUUUCUAGGAACCUAAGCCUGCACUCAGGUGAGCAUACAGACCUUUUUCCCCUUCCUUCUGGUUCUGCAUGAAUUAACUGGUCAUUGAAUAUGCUAACUCUGUGCAAUCCCGCAGCUGUAAGGCCAAACCUUGGUUCUUUAAGGUGAACUAAUGUGGUCAUUGUUUCAUAGAAUGAGAAUGCAGUUGUCUAGAAAGAAAACACAAGAUGCUUUGUAUAUUUUGUCUGGUAGGACUCUUACUU